AUGUGGACACCGACACACAGGCGCAUCAUUUACUUGCUCCGCGGGAACCUGCUUCUUGUUCUUGAUUCUAAAUAUUUGAAUGGAUGCUUGAACUUUGAAGAGUGGUGGUACCGAGUUAUCCUGCCAAUGACAUCUACGUCUAACCAAGCUGAAUCAUCGUUUUCUGGUCAACAACAACAACAACAACAACAACAGGACUUAUCUGGGUCAGAAUCACCGUUGGAACCAUUUUACGCCGAACUUCUCAGCCUCAGUUUCACUGACAGUGCUACAGCUAUCAAACAAUGUCGAAGCCUUUGUGCUCAAUAUGGAUUUACAGUCAAACAAGAAGCUAGUACUCACAGGAACAUAUAUGUGUAUUGCUCUCGUGAAGGUCUGCCCGAUUCGCUACGAAACCCUAAGGUGAACCCCCAACGAAAACGACCUUCAAAACGAUGCGAUUGUAGAUGGCGCGUUGUUUUAUAUGAACGGAAAGGCAAAUGGGAAUUUAGAAAAUCUUUAAAUCCUGAUGCUGCAAAACAUAAUCAUGAAUUGAUGCGACCUGAAGAAAUUGAAAAAUCUUGGCCCAAGGAAGUGAACGAACUGAUAUGUGAACUAGCACGAUUACGCUUACCUACUCAAGAAAUCCGAUCUCGUGUGAAAUCUCAAUUCGACAAUAUUACUUGGAAUGAACGAAGGUUUUACAAUCGACUCUCUGACGAGCGACAAAAAAUCAAGUAUCGAGAAGCAGAACAACGUGCAAAACAUUUGACUGGCAUUUGGACGAAAAUUUGUAUGGCCUCUGCUGGACAUGAAGAAUUAUCUGAUUACGUGGAAGAAGAUAUGAUCAAAUUACUUCAAGUUAUAUGUAAAUCUGCGAAUAUCGACGAAUCAACGUUAAAUGUACCAUCAUCUCUUACUUCAUCGCAAUCAGAAUCAAAUUUGGAUAACACAGCAACAUCCGAUAGUCGUAUUCCUGUGGAAACAAACGUAGAAUCGUCAUCAUCAUCAUCAUCAUCAUCAUUAGCACCAUCAAAUGUCAUAUCGCCAUACUCGACGACACCUUUCACUCGAUUUGUAGGGGAAUCACAAUCAAGCUCGAAAUCAUCUUCCAAAGGAAAGGCACCAGAUACUAACAACAACAACAACAACAACAACAAUAACAACAAACCAGUAGAGCCGCCAAAAGGUUAUAUCACAGUCAAUAUACCUCAACAUUCGUAUUUUGUCAAGAUCCAUACCCAACGAGCAGGAUCGUCUGGUCAUGUAUCAAUUCCGAUAAGUUCUACAUCAGACACAACGGAAGUCAUGACACGAAAUCCCAGGCGGACAAGAUCAUCAUCUACGGAUACCACAGCAAGAAAGACGGCAAGAAAAGUCAAAUCAAGGUCACAAAUCACUUCAUCAACAUCACCACAAAAUACAUUGCAUAUUGAACAUGUUAUCAACAAUCCACUACAACAUUUACAUGGCCAGUCCAGUUUGGAGACACAUCAACAUCAUGGAACAGCCCACCAACUAUCAUCCAUUACAGACGAAUCAUCAAUGCAUACGCCAUCACAAACAUAUACUUUUGUCUAUCACACCGAUUUUGGUAAUCAAGGUCUUCCAUUAGAUACAACUGGUCUAUCUCCUUAUGUACCUUUCCAAAACACUUACAAUAUUCCUACAAGUACUGGCGAAUUUACAUCUGACAUUAGUUUUCAAUUCGACCCUGAUAGUCCAACUCCCAUCAGCGGAUCAAACAACAAUAACGAACCUGGUAGAAGCACAAAUGACAAUCCAACCAAUAGUAAUGAACCAACCAUUCAUCCAGCACAAUUAUAUUCAACGAAUUUGUCUCACACUGACUCUGAUGCCAAAAUGACUCCACAACAACAGAGAACUAGUUCAUCAGUAGAUACAACAAGAAACCUCAAUUCACAACAAUAUACUCCAUCAUUUGUGCCUUCUUAUCCAUCAUCAUCAAAUUCACCAUCAACUCACAAUGCAACUCCAUUCCCAGCCCAUCAGUUAAAUACUCCAUCUGGCAACGAUAUCCAUGCUCAGCAACCACAACAUCAUAGGACUGAAACUGGAACAACUUUGUCAACAGGAAAAGAAUCAUCCACUUCUAUUGAAAAGUGA